AUGGCGAGACCAACGAAGGCAUUCCCUUUGCUCACCGUUACGCUCAUCUUCCUCCUCUUCAUCACCGUUGCCGGAGGGGAGAGGGGAAAAGGAGUGGAGGGUCAGCUGCCCCUGGGCUGGAACCCUUCCCUCUCCGGCUGCCGCGGAACCAUCGCGGAGUGCCUCGCCGGCUGUGAGUUCGACCUUGGGUCCGAGGCGAGCCGCCGCGUCCUCGCCACCUCCAUAUACAUCAGCUACAACGCCCUUCGCCGGGACAGCGUCCCCUGCUCGAGCCGCGGCGCCUCCUACUACAACUGCCGCCCCGGCGCCGAGGUGAACCCCUACGUCCGCAGCUGCUCCGCCAUCACACGGUGUCGGAGCUGA